AUGUUUAAAAAUACUUAUCAGAGAGGAUUUCUAUCUAUUUUAUAUAGUUGUGGAUCAUCUCCUCUGGAAUUAUGGGAUAUGCACGUAAAAAAUGGAUAUAUACGAAGAAUCACAGAUGAAGAAAUAAAGUCAUUGGCUUUAGAAAUAGCCGGCACUAAUGUGGCUACAACUUAUAUUUACUGCCCGGCAGAUCUGAAAAAGGUGUUAGGCAUUAAAUUGCCCUUUCUUAUCAUCAUUAUCAAGAAUAUGAAGAAAUAUUUCACAUUCGAGAUAACAAUAUUGGAUGAUAAGAAUAUGCAUAGAAGAUUUCGCGUGAGCAAUUUUCAAAGUACGACGCGUGUUCGUCCAUUCUCUACAUCCAUGCCCAUCAGACUCUCAGGCGGAUGGAAUCAAAUUCAAUUCAAUUUGUGCGAUUUUACACGACGGGCCUAUGGUACGAAUUACAUCGAAACCAUCAGAAUGCAGAUUCACGCUAAUUGCAGAAUCAGACGAAUAUAUUUUGCUGAUAGACUUUAUUCAGAAGAUGAAAUGCCAGAAGAUUUCAAACUUUUCUUCCCGUUACAUCGGAAAAAAUGUGUUAGGGAGGAAAAAGUAUUGCCUAUUGUCGUUGCAAAAGAAUCGAUCAUUGAACCUGAAGUAUCAGUGGAAGAAACAAUUGAGCCAUUAAUUUCGAAGGAGCCUGAUUUAAUCGAGAAAGAAAUGAUUGAAAUGCGUUUAGAAAAAGUAGAGAAAAUUAUUGAAAGACAAAUUGAAGAA